CGACCAAAUGCUUUGCGAAUAGCAUUUCUAAAAAACAAAUUUAAUACCGUGUUAAAAUUAUCAAUAUUAUACGUAGAUAAUGGAGAGAAGUAAAUGGUCAGGUCGAUGGCGGCUGAUGUUUGUCAUAUUCCUCGCGUUCAGCACCGUCGUCGGAAUCUCAUUCGCGAUGGGCACCAUCUUUCUCGACAUUGAGGCUCACUUCCAGCAGGGACGCACCGCUAUUUCCGGUCUAAUAGCUGGCCUUAUGGGCGUUGUCACCUCACUAGGAAUAGUAAGCGGCGCCGUAAUUCGUCGAACAGGAUUGUUCCGAUCUUCUGUUAUCGCCGCCAUUUUGAUUCCAAUAGGCGUAACGUGCAGCUUUUUCGCCAAACGUCUUGAGCACCUGUACGUCAGCCUCGUUUUGGUUGGAGGUUUGGGUAUUAGUUUAUUAUACGUCGUUUGCAUCACGACCAUUAGUCAAGCGUUUACAGGACGACAACGUCACGUCUGCCUUAGCAUUCUUGGCUCAGGAACCGGACUUGCCGGUGUAUUCUAUCUCUUUCUUUAG